AUGAAGGGAAGUCAAACACAGAACUUAAGUACCGACAUCAAGGAUCUUAAAAUUCAAAGACUUCCAUUCAAAAAAGGCUGUAAAAUAAUAAAGACAACAGCAAGAGAAAAGAUGAAAUUGAAAAAUAAAUUGUGCGAGAUUAUUCAAAGUGAUCUGCUUUUCAGUUUGCUCGAUUUAUUUGGGUAUUUUCUUAGCUGUCUUGACUCAAAACUCAUUAAACAUUAG